AACUACAUCUCUUUGAGGUUCACAGCAUAUCAGCUGAUCACAGCUGACUGAUGCAGAGGAGGAAUUCACACACAACGCACACAGCACAGUAGAGUGAUUUUUGCAAAGAAUUCAACGAAGGACAGAUGUGGCCUCGCUCGGAUGGGUCAGAACACCGUGAUCAGGAUUUCCCUCUUCUGACCCUUCUCUUUCUCUUUCUUUUCUUUUUUUGUCGUCCUUUUGAGUGUGUGACGUGCUCUUAACGUCACUCGCUAAGAAAUUACAGAUGACUGCGCUGAUGAAGCUCAGCGUGGAAAUCACACCACUAUUCUUCUUCUUCUAGGAGGUGUAAGCGAAUCUUUUUACUCAAGAUCUGGUGGACUUUUUCCCACUCUUCAAGGUUUUCGCAAAAAAAAAAGAACUUGGAAAGCACCACAGAGAGAGGAAACGAAAGGCCAGUGUCACCGGCGUGCGUCAGUUUGCAUCUGUGGCAGUGUUAUAGGUGCAAGGACUUCUAGGAAUCACCUUAGGUUUUACUAAACAGAGUCUUGUCUAAUAUAGUCUAGACUUCCACAAGUCUCACCAGGGAUUCAAAAGAGUGUUUUCAGCAAAAGUCAAGGAGGGUCCCGAGGCAACACUGCUAUUUAGAGUUUUAUUUUUUUCCACACGCACCGACGUGUUUUGACUCAAGCAGCAGGAGUCUUUUUCAAGGUAUAAAGGAAGAGUGUUUUCGGCAGCGGGAUGGAUCUGAGUUUGCUUCAGGCUCUGGAGAGGGAGAAGGUGCUGGAAGUGCUGCAGCGAGACAAGAUCCUACGCUGCUUGGACGAGGAGAGGAUCAGGCGUCUGAAGCAGGAGCUGCAGGAGCUUCGACGGCGAGGGGCCAAGAGUCUGGCACGCCAGUACGGGGAGCGCACGUGUGCACGAUGCCAGCGGCCGCUCGGAAAGUUCUACAACUGCGGCGCCGUGUGCCAGGGCUGCAGCCACCGCAUCUGCACCAGGUGCCGCGUGGGCGUGGGCCUGCGCCAGUGGAAGUGCACCGUCUGCCACGCCCAGAGGGAGGUGAAGAUCAAAUCUGGAGAGUGGUUCAUUGAUGAGCGGGCGAAGAAGUUUCCCCGGGAGACAGUAGACAAACGGGAGAGCAUCGGGGAGAUACUGCUCCGGUCCUAUCAAAGGCUCAGUAACAUCGCGAUCGUCCCCCCCACCCCUCCUCCAGUGCAGAGUGUGGUCUCACCGCCCUUCAGCCGGCUGCCGAGCUCGAAGGGAAGCCCCCGGCCAUUCACCAAGUCCAUGGAAAACCUGAUGAUGUCAUUCACCACGCACAUUAAGAAGAUGUCCAAGUCCCAGGAGGAUGUGAGGGAGGAGCCUGUUCUGCUGACAGUGGACCUCCAUGGGAGGAGAUUCAGCAGCGAGGACCUGAAGAAGAGCCAAUCAGACACCGCCAUCAACAAAUCCGGCAAAUUGACCAAAGUGCCAAGCCUGCCUAACCUCUUCAAGCGGAGGAGAUCGUCCUCUCCACUCGCCACUGAUGAGGAGUCCUCCCAAAGCUCAGGAUACUCUGGAGAGAAGAGGGGCAGCAGCACCAGCAGCACGGCCACAGAGUGCGGGGGGCUGUUGUCGGGGGCGGUGGCGGUGGAGGGGGAGGGGUCCAGCAGCGCCGCGGUGUCCGGCGAGGUGCAGCUGUCUCUGGCCUACUGCUGCAGCUCCUCCUGCCUGGAGGUGGGGGUGGGGGCCUGCAGAAACCUGGCCUACGGGGACCCCAAGAGGAACAAGUGCCACCCCUAUGUGAAGGUCUACUUGAUGCCAGAUAAGCCUCAGAGUACAAAGAUGAAGACGGCGGUGAUCAAGAAUACCACAGAGCCCAUCUUUCAGGAAACACUAAAGUGUUCUAUUGCCCCUGAGCUGCUGGCGUCGCGGUCGCUGCAGGCCUCGGUGUGGCACGCGGAGACCCUGAGGCGCAAGGUGUUCCUGGGGGAGGUGCUUAUCCCGCUGGACCAAUGGAGCUUCCAGGACGCCAGAACACAGGGCCUCACCUGGUACCCUCUCAGCCCCAAGACGGAGAGGCCACUGAGGGGCGGUGUGGAGCCGGUUGUGGGAGAGCUGCUGGUCAAAGUGAGGUUCUCCUCUCUCACUCAGAUCUGUAAGAUGAACAACAAUGGCAUGGGCCCGUAUGAAGUUGGCCAGCUCACGGUUCUCAUCACUGCAGUCCAGAAGCUGUCCAGCCCCAAGCCCACCUCCGUCUUUAUUAAGGGGUGUCUAAUUCUGCCAGGUGAGCGUGAGCUGGUGCAGAGGACCGCGGUGGUGAAACAGGCCCCCGGUGGCAGGAGCGCCCCCCAGGAGUGGCCUCUCCAGCUGCAGCUGGUGUUCAGCAGAGUGACCCCCCACGAGCUGCACGACGCGCUGCUGAUGCUAGGGCUCUGGGAGCACCCCGCCCUCGGGCUGUCCGACCGCCUCAUGGGCACCGCCACCGUCAACGCAGGCGAAGGGUUGUCGUGGAAACCGUUACAACAGUCACCGAAUGUGUGGCACAGCCUCAGCCUUCCUCUCCGCGCCAACGUAAACAGCAGGAAACCAUGACAACUCCGCCGUAGCGCUGGAGAGGGAACCAAAUGAGAAGGCCAGGCAGGAGAAAUGUCUCCCUCCGUAAUUCCACUCCAUAUAGUUGAUCUCUUAACUCUGCGCCCACAGUAUUUUUGUACACACAGCAAUUUCUCAUAGCCCGCCGUUUUGUAUACGCAGGGGUGAUAGUGAAAAAAAAUUCUGAGACUGAACUUUUUUCCCUGCUCUAACGACGACGACAAGAUACUGCAUAGUGACAUAACGUAGGCCUAUUUUGACACAUUAUUCAAACAUUUAAUAGCCUGUGUAUGAUCAUUAUUCAAGCCUGAUAGUAGAAGAAAACCCUGAACCUGUAACACUUUCUGAGAUAUGAAUAACCUAAUGGCUAAUUAUUAUCAAUGUUUUUAUUUUUGCAAACUCUGUCAAGCCUGAAAUCAGGCAUGGAGCCUGAAUACUAUCAGCCCUGUAUACGUGUACACAAACCCACUUCAUAUGUUAUGUCAUUACACAUCUAUCAUGGGCAAGAAUCGCGCAAGGUCAAGGCUAUGGUACUGAAGCAGCACUUAUCCUGCAACCAAGUCAUUGGUGGAGAAAAUGCUUACAGAGAUGAAAUCUGUCCUUAGUUUGUGCACAUAACAUUUGGGACCAAUAUCACCUACUUGUAUGUAGUAUGUAGCUCUGGAUCCAUAUGACUGUGUUGAUCCAUGUAUUCAUUUGGACUGAAAAUAUACUGUAUAUGAAUCAAAUGUUUCAUCAUGUUAACUGUACAACCGGAUGUUUGCAUAUCCGAGUCUGUUGUGAUGGUUAGUGUGCUUAUUUAUUUCUUAACUUAUGAACUUGUGUAUAUUAAGAUCUUUGUAAAAAAAAUAAUGUACAAAUGUGGAAAAAAACAUUGUGUGGAACUCAGUAGGGCUUGAUAGUGACACAAUGCAACAAAAAAAACACAACUGAUAUGUAAUCAUUUGAGAUUUUUUUUAUUGCCAAUAAAGUAGAACAACUUUUUAAAAUAAAAAAUAAAAUUCCAGUUUGAAUACAUGACAUGACUAUGACGUAUGACAGAUGGUCAGCAAUGACGACCACAGCAUCCCAAUGUGUGUGUGAUGGUCGGAGGAUGGAGAAGCUACAAUUUCGACAUGCUACACAGCCCUUAGCCCCUGCGCUUCAGGGAACAGUUUCUCGUGGCACAAAUGACACCAAAGAAGGCCACUCACUGGCACUGGCCCGGGGACAUUUUUUACCUUCACACUUUGCCCUUCAACGCAACACAAAAAUCGGCCAUCAACAAAAGCUUCUAGAUCCCAGACGCUUAACAAAAUGAUUGACAGACCCGUGAACAGUUUUAAGACACUGUUCGGGGGAACAGUUACACUCAUUUCCCUGUCUGCUCCUGGUGCUCACGACUUAAAAAGUCUUUCUUAACUGUUACCUGAUACCAUAUCAGCCACUCUUGCACAAUCGCUCUGGAAACAGUUUUACAUCCCAUUCUGUCCGUCCUAGGACAUAUGAAGUGAAAAACCACUGACAGAACAGUUCCUCCAUACUUCCCUUCAUGAUUGACAGUGAGCAACCUAACCUGCACUGGAAACAGUUCUCUUCCAUAAUCCCUACAACACAGCUCUUCCAAGAUACUGUCCUAAACCACUGCAGAGUGAGCAGCAUCGUGCCUGUAUAUAUAUAUAUAUAUGCACGUAAAAACUGUAAGCCUUUUUAGAAAAAAAAACAGUACAUUCAGGUUUUAGUUCAUCGAAAUUAGACUGAUGUAGGGGUUUGUGAAAGGCCUAGACUGACUGGCUGGCUGGCUGGCUGGGGGCUUUCUCUCUGAACUCUGAAAAGUCUGUCUGACUGAGCUACACUCUACUACACUCACUACAACAGAGGUGGUCAAACGACACUGAGCAAAAACAGACCUCGGUCAUCAGAGGGCUGCCAGAGUAGAUAAGCCUGGAGCUCUUGUUCUGCUUCUUGUAAGCGGACAGGAAGAGCCACGGAGAGGAAAGCCAGCCGUUUAUCUUUCUUAUCUUUCCAUCUGAGAUGAGAUGAGGGGGAGAGGUAAGGUGGGCAGGGCCUACAGCUCCGCCUCCACAUCUGAGAUGAGAGGGGAUAGGUGAAGUGGGCAGGGCCUACAGCUCCGCCUCCACAUCUGAGAUGAGAGGGGAUAGGUGAAGUGGGCAGGGCCUACAGCUCCGCCUCCACAUCUGAGAUGAGAGGGGAUAGGUGAAGGGGGCAGGGCCUAUAGCUCCGCCUCCACAUCUGAGAUGAGAGGGGAUAGGUGAAGGGGGCAGGGUCUACAGCUCCACCUCCACAUCUGAGAUGAGAGGGGAUAGGUGAAGUGGGCAGGGCCUACAGCUCCGCCUCCACAUCUGAGAUGAGAGGAGAUAGGUGAAGUGGGCAGGACCUAUAGCUCCGCCUCCACAUCUGAGAUGACAUAUGGGGGAUUGGUGAAGUGGGCAGGGCCUAUAGCUCCGCCUUCACCUGCUAAAAAAAAGUCCCUCCAAUAGAAAAGAAGAUGACAGCGUCAAUCAGUACCUAGAGUAAGAUAGAUCUCUCCACCUGUCAUUCCAGUUAAAUGCAGCUUAAGCACUGUCUAACGUAAAAAAUAAAACAUCAUAAUAUACAAAAAGAAAACAAUUUCUCUCUUAAUUUAGUGAUCUUAGAUAUCAUAUGGAGCAUGAAAGCAAAAAAAAAAAAAACUGUAAACUAGCCAUUGUAAAUCUAUUGUAUUUUUUUUGGUCAAUAUAGAACCUUUGAGGAUAUUAUAACUGGCAAUGCUCAUUAGAAGAAUAACAAAAAUAUACAAACCAAAAUGAAGACACCCUUCCUGCGAGUAGAGUACAGUACAUGACCCAUACGUAGCAUAAAUACUUCAGAACUAAGACUGAUUUCGUGUUCCAACUAAAGCGAGUUUUGAACAUAAAAUAGAAGUGUUCAAAUUAUAAUGUGGAAAAAUAAAGACAAAAAAAUAAA